UCUCCUUUACAAAAGCCCACUCUCUAGAAUCUUACUUGAACCUUCUGGAACUUUCCCGCCCCUCCUGGACGCCGAUCAAAUUCCUCCUUUCUCCAUAAAUACCCGAAACCCACUUCCUUCCUCAUCGCCAAAUUAGAAAGUUUCCCUAGAAAACUAUCUUCUUCUACACUCGAAGUUGUCGUUGUAAUUCGAUUCAAGAUUUGAAGAUUCUUGUCCAACCCAUGGAUAAUUCGUACUUCAAAAGACACUGGAAUAGUUUCGCGCCACACCAUGGCUACUCCCCGAGCUUUCGCCAAGUCCCAGUCCAGCGCCAAGCGACGCCGUCGCCGAAGGUUGUCUCGAUCCCGGUCCAAUUCGUCGGGUUGGAGCGCAACCGGUCGGCCUCGGCACAGAAGAUCCAGAAGGCGUUCAGAGGCUUCCAGGUGAGGAAAAGCGUGAAGAAGAUCGCGGCGAUCAAAGGCGACGUCGACGAGAUCGAGAAGCGGAUUUCGAAGAAAGAGACGGUGGAAUUGAUGAAAAGGGAGGCCAAGGAGCGGUUGAAGGUGAACGAGACGCUGAUGAGCUUGCUGUUCAGGUUGGAUUCGGUGAAGGGCGUCGACCCUGGAGUUAGGGAUUUCAGGAGGGCCGUGAUCAAGAAGGCGAUUGCUUUGCAGGAGAGAGUGGACGCUGCGGUUGCUGAUGAUGAUCAUACUCUGGGUGAGGUUGGGGAAGCAUCAGGGAUUGAUAAUGGGGAAUCAAUUUCUGAAACAGUUGGAGGAGCCGUGGAGGAUAAAGAUUCAGGGGAGGAUUUUGAAGGUGGUAAAACGGCCCCAGUGGAUCAAACCCAGGACUUGCAAUCUGCAGCCCGUGAAGAAGAUUGCAAUUCAAAUGCAGCCCCUAAAUCUCUGAAUGGAACUCUGAAUUUGCCAUCUUUGGAACAAACUGCUGAGACAGAUGGAGUGACAAAUGUGAAUGAGAUUAGAGAAAUUGUUGGAGAUGAAAGUGAAGAAGAAGGUGAAAGUGAGAGCCAGUCUGUGUCGUCGUAUAAUCCACAGAAUUCGAUGAUAGAGGAUGCUGAGGAAAAUCCGUUGGUGAAGCAAGAGGAGGAGGAGGAGGAUGGUAUGGAGAUUGUGAAAGCUGAAGAUGAGGGAGGCAAUGGCAUUGGAUUUGGGGUUAGAGACAGAGAGGAGAACAAGAGAAGCAGAGAGCUUCUGGAAAGGAUGGUGGAGGACAAUGAAAAGAUGAUGGGUAUGAUGGUGGAGCUUUUCGAGAGGAAUGAGAUCCAAACUCGGAUGCUGAGCUCGCUGUCGCAGAGGGUGGAGCAGCUAGAGAGAGCUCUGGUGUGCGAGAGGUUGAGGAGAAGGAAGAAGAGGCAAGCAGCUGCUGCUGCUGCAGAUUUCGUACCCCAAGAUAAUAAUGCAAGAAAACAAUAAAUUAAAACUUUUUUCUUUCUUUCUCUUUCGGUUUUGUAAUUGUAAGUUGCUCGUGUUGCUCUUGGAUUUGAAAAUUGUUAAUGUUUUUUGCUACAUUGAUUUUGUGAAGUUGAUUGGAUCAAGUUAUGAUCUUGUUCUGUAACCCUUAACCUGUAAGGCGUUUUCAA